CGACGUUCUAACCUCCUCUCCGUAACGUCGCAGUGUGCGUCAUCUUCCCAGGUGUCAUCGUCUUAUCUUCUACCCGAUAAGGCCAAAUAAGGCGAGAAAAAAAAAACGAACGAAGGAACACGUUGCGAUUCCAUCAACCGCGCGACGGCUUCUUGUUUUCUCGAACGUUACGUUUACCCUAGGAGGUGAAACAUUCGCCGCGAAUACAACACGCGUUAUACAGGUAUAAUGUCCGAUCCGCGUAUAAGACUACUCAAGAUUAAAACAGGAGUGGUGAAGCGUCUCGCGAAAGAGAAAGUAGCGUACGAGAAAGAAGCGGCAAAUCAGCGCGAGUGGGUACAGAAAUUGAAAGAUCAAGACAAAGAUGAUUACGACAUAAAGAAGCAAGAGGAGGUGCUUCAAGAGACUCUUAUGAUGGUGCCAGACUGUCAGAGGCGUCUCGUCAAAGCAUUCGGAGAACUCAAACAGAUCUUGGAAACAGAGCAGGAUUUGAAAGAAGUAGAGGAUUACAUUGAGGCUGAGAAAGUAUUACAAGAGGCACAGGAACAAUUACCCAAAGAAGGAAACAUUUUGCAGAUGUGUUAAAAAAGUGCUCUGAUGACUGCCAC